UCACCUCAAUCUCUGCAGCUCGGUAUGGAUCUCACAUUACAUUCUCUCGCGAUACGACUCGUCUUUACUGCACUAAGUCUGCUGCUCUCAUGGAGGUUUUGGAGGUUCUCGAUUCGACCGAGGCUCAACCCUGAUGAGCCCAAAGAACUUCCCUCAUGGAUCCCAUUCAUAGGUCACGCUUUCAGCUUUUUCUCAAGUUUCAACGGUGCCAUUAAUAAGGGAAAAGUAUAUUUCGCGCCCUCGCGGGAGCCAUUUGCUGUGACAGUGGCAGGUCAGACGAUCUAUGUUGCGACUUCUGCAGACGAUAUUGGCUAUGUCUGGAAGAAUUCCAAAUCGAUCUCCCUUGAUCCUAUCACAAUGGAUAUGUACAUACUAGGAGGAUUAUCAGAGAAGAGUCGUAGAGUCAUGUUUGAAAAACAUGCGAGCGCUCGCUACAACUCGGGGAACGGUAGACCAUUGACUCCUACAGAAAAGGUCAUCGAUUUGCAUCACCAGCAGCUACACAAAGGUCCAAGACUGGAUGAUCUGAUGGAGAACAAAACGAUUCCCAGUAUCUUCAAGGCGCUGGAUAGUUGGGUUACAGAUCACCGCUCUGAUCGCGCGCAAGAAUCUAUGUUGAUCUCAUUGCAUGAUCUUUGUGUUCAUCUCUUCAUUGCCGAGGAGACAGAUGCAUAUUUUGACCCCGCUCUACUCAAGAACUCGCCUAAACUCGUCAAUGCCUUUCUUGACUGGGAGUAUUGCAGCUGGAAGUUCCUUUUCAAUCUGCCCAAUGUGUUCGCACGAGACAUGGUCAAAACGAAGAAAACAAUCACAGAUGCUUUUGCGGACUAUUAUCGCCAGCCAAAGAAUGAACGCGAAGAAUCUAUAUACUUCGUCGAUGCUUUGGAGAGUAUGCUGCGGGAGGUUGGUCUGACAGAAGAUGAGAUGGGGCAUUUUACCCUUUUGCACUACUGGGCAAUUGUUGGAAAUCUUUACAAGUUAGUUUUCUGGCUCGUUGCACAUCUGUCGCAAGACCAAAAACUACUUGGAGAGAUACGCAAGGAAGUGCUUCCGGCCGUACAAACAGAGACCGGAAAGAUAGAUGAGACACACCUAGACGAGAAAUGUCCAAAACUCGAGUCUUUAGUCAACGAAACUCUACGAUACACUGUUACAAGCUCGCUUGCCCGGGUCAUCCUCGAACCCACGGUGGAAGAGGAACAAGAAACUGGAACCCGGUAA